AUGGAAGGCAAAUAUCUAUCGAUUGGUAAACCCUAGGGGGAUGAUUUUGAUGAUGGAAUGAUAGAUAAAAUAACUAGAGUCAAAAUCCAAUACAAUAAACAAAAUAUAGUAGCGAUAGGAAUAUUUUAUGAAUAGAGAUAAAUCUAUAAAGAUCAUAAUUUCUGUGCCAAUAGUCUCAGCAAGUUUUAUUUCUAUGUAUGGGAAGAAGAGUUCGUUAUAGAAAAGGAUGAUUAUUUAUAGUAGGUGACUGGCACUUAUGAUGGAAUGUACAUCACCUCUUUAUAAUUUGUGACGUAUAACGGUUAAUCUAUGCACUUUAAAGCAUCUUGUUUGGGAGAGUCAUUUAACAUUGAAAAUUAUGGUGAUACUUUCUCCAGUUGCAGUGGUUCAUUUGAUAGAAAUGGGUUAACAUCAUUAGUUUUUAAACUGAUGCCACUUAAUUGGACUGACAUUGAAAGGUUUUAAAAUAAAAUUCUCUUGUUAUCAUAUGGUCAUCAUUAUCCUCAGAAAUAUAUUCCUCAAUUCACAUAAUAUUUAAACUAUCCAUUGAAUUGA